UAUAAAGAUUGAAUAUUUGUAUCAACUUUUCCAGAAGUAACUAACUUGCAUGUCGGGGGAGAAUGGACCAAUUUUAAAAUACAUAUAUUAUUUAUUUUUAUAUAAAUAUAAUGCAUGUACCGGUGGAGGCGGAGACACCGGGAACCUGUGGAGCUGGUUUCCUUUUUAACUUUCACUUGUAGCUCUUUCCUCCCGUUUACGUCUCGCGCUAGCUCGCUGUGCUUUGAUACAGCGCGCGCGUAUUCGUGCCCUAAACACCGUGAUGUGCGUCUCGUUGUAGUCCGCCUCGUUGUUGACAGUCUGGCCGACGGAGGAGCGAGAUGUGUCCGCGCGAGACGUCCGUGCGUCUGGCCGCUUGGUCGUGCGUUCUGCUGGCUGUCGUGUCCGCGGGCUCCGAGAUCACCGCCUACGUGGGGGCGGGCGGCGAGAUCGUCCUCUUGCCGGGCGACUUCUCCGAGGCCGUCGCCACCGCCGUCUGGAAGCACGAUCAGAACAUCGCCGCCGACUUCGACGGAACGGAAACCGUUCGGUAUCGUCAGUUCGAAGAACGCGGGAGCCUGAACCCGAUGAACGGAGUGAUGAGGAUCACGGGGCUGACCCGAAACGACAGCGGGCUGUACACAUGCGAAGUCAACGGCGUGCUCACGAGUCCAAACGUCCGUCUCUUCGUCAUCUUCGCCGUCCCGAAACCCACCGUCCGCACAUCCUGUGACGAGGACAGCUGCACUCUGACCUGUGACGGAGACACGGCGGGCGCCGACCCGGUCACCUGCAGGUGGGGGCGGGACGACGAGUGGACGGCCGGCUCUCCGGCGCUGCGCAUCACGAAGGACGGAAGUUCGGGCGUCGCCGAGUUCAGCUGCGAGUUGGAGAAUCCGGUCGGCCGGGAGGUCAGCCGACCCGUCCGCAACCCGUUCGCCUCCGCAGUUUCAGCUCCCGGGGGACGGCUGAACGUCUCCGCGGGAGUCACGGUCUUCAUCAUUCUGCUGGUCGCCGUGCUGCUGCUGGUCGGCGUCCACAGGUGUAAAACAGGAAUGUGGUUCUUCCAAAAAACCUCCAUGCCGUGGGAACCAAACUUCUGGAGGAAGAACGAGAGGCCACCAGGAAAUGCUGCUGCAUCUAAUGGCACAUCUGCUCGAGAGAAUGGGCAAACAGACGAGGAAACACCGUUGUCAUAAGUGAAGUCCGGACCAGUCGGGUGUCAAUCAUUCUCCAGAGACGUUCUUUUUUUAAUUUCCGUGCCUCAAUAUGACUUUUAAAAAGUAUGUUAAGAUAGGAACGAGCUGCCGUUUUCAGAAAGGAACGAAGCCAAAACGCCUGGCUCCCGUUCCCAUACUGACAAUAUUUCUUUCUUUUUUUACAAUCUGUGGUGCUUGUUUUUAAACAGAAUACAUUAGUGUAUCCAGUUGCUCCAUUAACUGCUGGGAUCUAGCUUUUAUGUCACAUGCUUUUAAAAAGACACAAAAGGGAAAUGUUAAAGUUAUGCAUCAUGAAAUCAAAAAGGGCAGAAACUAAUGCAAAGCCCAGAGGUUUGUUUCUAGAUUUUACACGAGGCUCCAUGAGGUGCCUCAAGGCUUAGACAAUACCAGGAAGUGGCCCUGUUUCCUGUGGCGGACAGCCCACCUGACACCGACUGGCACCUCCAGCUCCCGGACCGGGCAGGUCUGGUGUUGGGAGGAACCGGGCAGAAGAGGAGACGCCUUUGUGUGUUUUGGGCCAACAAGCAGAGCGUUGUCCGCGGCAAAAUAUUUAGAUCAAAAAACAAAACUUAAACUGAAUAAGCAACUUUUUUUUUCAUUUGGGUUUUCUUUUGUCGUGUUUAUUAACUUCCUGUGUAUCUUUAGUCGUAUUUUAACGCGUGUUCCGCUUCACGUUCUGAAGGACCGACUUGUGUUUGUGGAGCUGCACUCGUUGUGCAUUUAAAAAUGGAGGACAGGUGUGUUUUUGCACUUUCUGCAGUCGUAUUCUUAGUUGUGUAACUCGUCGUAUAAAAUACUUUGCACUCCAACACAGCUGAAAGUAUUAGCUUUUGGUAACGAAAGUCCCACUUACUAAAAAUCUAAUUAAAGUAUUCCUACCCUA